AUGGACAUCAACAUAGUCGGUGGCGGCAGUUGCGGUCUGACAGCAGCGAUCGGAUUGCGCCGAGCAGGACACAAGGUCAAGAUCUUUGAAAGGGCAUCCACCGCAACCGCAUUCGGGGCUGGCGUAGUCCUCGGUCAAAAUGCGUCGCUGGUCCUUACUGAGUACGGCUUGGACUGGGCCGCUGCCAAAUGCAAUCAAGCAGAUGGUAUUCAUCUUCACCAUGGCGUCACAAUGCAACGCUUAUCCACAACACAUACGGACAAGGCGGAGUAUGCUCCUCGACCGGGCAUUACGCAGUAUCUGGCGCACAGAGUCGACCUAUGUCAGGCCCUUGUUGAUCUAGCUACGGCUUCGGAUGGGUCAUCUACGCCAGUCGAGAUCGUCUACAAUGCGAACGUGACUGCUUACGACGCACUAGAGGGCAGUCUGACCCUUGCCAAUGGGGAGGUCCACAAAGCAGACUUGGUUGUGGCAGCAGAUGGCGUGCAUUCAUGUGCUCCAGCACAUCUGCUAGGCCAUGAGUCUAUUAGGCAUACCGGCACCUCGGUCGUUCGUUGGAUGCUGCCAACCGAGAGUCUUCAAUCAGACCCAGAGACGCGUUGUCUGCUUCAAGACCCCGAGUAUGCGACAUUCUGGAUCUCUGCUGAUCGCCAGAAGUACUUGAUACAGUACCCUUUGCGGCUUGGAACUUUGCAGAACUUCGCUCUUUAUAUCGUCCAUAAGGAAACCGCUGAACUCAACGACCAGACCAUGCGCUCCACUUGCGAUCGAGAAAGGGUACACAAGGAGCUCGACGGUUUCAGUCCUGCCAUUCAUGCCAUGGUAGACAAGACUACCGACAGCAUUCCGGUGUGGAGGCUCGGCGAGCGAGACCCACUGCCAACCUGGCAUAAGUCAAGGCUUGUCAUCGUCGGAGACGCCGUUCACCCUAUGCUUCCCAAUCAAGGCCAGGGCCUAGGGAUGGUGGUUGAGGAUGCCGCUGCAUUAGCCGUCGUCCUCCAAGACAUGCCUCCGAAUCCGUCGGCAGAGCAGAUAGAAGAGCGCUUGUCGAUCUUUGAGAAGAUCAGAAAGCCGCGAGCUUCGGUCGCGCAGCUACUGUCGUCUGUACCGUACUACGAGGAUCCGCUAAAGACUUUGUUGCCGCAGCUCCUGGAACACAUGCCCAUGAAUCAACUUCCAGCAUCGGGCUUGCCCAAUGAUGUGCGACCGUGGUUCUACAGAUACGAUGUGUUCAAGGAGGCUGAGAAAGCAGUCGCAGAGCAGCAGAAAGAGUUGUCUUGA